AACGUGUUUGGGUUUGUUUCAGAUUCACCGUCUCAAUGGAAGUGGUACCAGCCUGGGCCCCAGCAGUGGGUUUCACACUCCUGCCCCAUGCGGGAGGACUUUUAGGAAGCAGGAUAACCAAAAAGGAAAUCCCAGUGUGGUACGAAUCUCUACAGAAGCCAUCCUGGUGUCCACCCAACUGGGUGUUUGCUCCCGUUUGGGGAACUCUCUAUACAUCUAUGGGAUAUGGCUCCUACCUGGUGUGGAAGGAAUUGGGGGGCUUCAACGAAAAAUCGGUGGUUCCUCUGGGUCUGUACGCGGGGCAGCUGGCAUUAAACUGGGCAUGGACUCCAAUAUUUUUUGGAGCUCACAAAAUGGGAUGGGGGUUGGUGACUCUCCUGCUCACGACUGGUACGGCAACAGCUACAACUGCUUCCUGGUAUAACAUCAACAAAACAGCUGCUUAUUUGAUGGUUCCUUAUUUAGCUUGGCUGACCAUGGCUUCUGCGCUCAAUUACCGCGUCUGGAAGGACAAUCGCAACAAGAAACAAAUCUGAAGAAACAGUCUUCAGCAAAGAAGAUUUCUUUUUUUUUUUCCUCCACAAGAAUUUUCUAAAUAAACUUAUGGCCUUAUUUUAUUUUUAGCUGAACUACUUACAGCAUUCAUUUGCUAAUUACAAGUUGACAAAGCAGCACUUGUUUGAAACAAAUAAUGCCUUUACUAGGCAAGUCACAAAGGGGUAUAUAUAUAUUCCUGACUGGGUUUUAUAACAAACUAAAAGAUAGUGCUGAUUGAAAAAGUACUAGUUUUCUAUACUACAUUUUAUACGACAACAGCAUUUUAACUAUUAGCAGAAAUAAGCAUGAAUUCCAUUAUGCUCAGAGGAAGAAAUCCAGCCAUAUAUUAACGUAACUUCCAGAAAGCUGCUCCUAACAGUGACGGGCAUGAUUGAGGCCUGGAUCUGUCAUGUUUACCACUAGACACAGUGCAUUAGUGCUGUGUGUCCCACUACAGCUGCCAGAUAUUUAUCUUCUGGUCAUUGUACUCUGGAAAUAUUUGAGAUUUUUUUUUUUUUCCACAGUUGGUGCCUUCCCACCUCGAAGCAUCGUACGAUCUAGUAUCAGCUAAAUGCAUUAAACUACACGUAAACUUAC